AUGGCGCAUCUGACAAAUCCCCUCGCGACGGCAGAACAGCUCUACCGCCGCUCUACCUUUUCGCCUCUUCCGCAGGACCUCCAGGAAGCCGUCUUUUUCGUGACACAAUGCCUCACGCAAGCAGCUGGCCUGCUACUGGAGCUUCCACAGUCUAUUACAGCACAGGCCAAUGUGAUACUGGCGCGUUUCUGGCUGGUAGACUCCCCAAUGGCACACGAGUUUAGCCACGUCUCGGCCGCCUCUUUAUAUCUCGUUGCAAAGACGGGAUCGCUCCCUCGCUCGCCUCGCGAUGUAUCGACCGUCUACGCGUAUCUGCUGUCGCCAAACUCGACCUUCCUCAAAACGCCCAGCCCUGCGACAGCGACCAACGAUCCUGCCUCCUACUACCAGACCGAGGACCAAUAUUACAAGUUUCAGAAAGCCAUGCUCGAGCUGGAGGCUCGCAUAUUGUAUUCUCUCUCAUUCAACGUGCACGUCGCGCUGCCCCAUGGCCUCGCGGUGACAUACCUCCAGACUCUCGAUUUCCUCUCGCAUUCGCGACACGAAAUCUCUCUCAGAGCAUCGCAGUACCUCAAUACCGCGCUGCUGAGUCCUCAAUUACUAUACCUCACACAUCAACCGCACGCUCUUGCUACGGCAGCGAUAUACAAUGCGGCGCGUGACUUGGGGGCCUCGAUGCCAGAGUGCGCCUGGUGGGAGGUUUUUGACGUGGAGCGCGAGGAGCUGGGCUUUCUCGUAGUCGGAAUGCGCAGUCUGGAAGGCUGGAUCAAGACUCGAAGAAAAGAACUGCCCUCGAUACUGGGACAAGGCAUGCCUCGCAGGAAAGACGUGGAGGCAGAGAUGAAACAGAGAGGGGACGAUGCAGAUGACACGGAAGAACAGGUCAUGAGAACGUUGGACGAUAAGCAAUGA